UGAUUUGAACUGGUUCGCUGCCAGCACGGAUUCUGGAAUCUCCGUAGGAGCUGAACUUUGGAGCUGAGCUGCACUUAACACUCAGCAUUCACUAUGGAGAGACACAUCUUUGCAAUCUCUCUCUGCCUGUUGGCUUUUUCUACCCCUGGAAUCUUGGCGGACGGCUGUAAUAUGACCGGGUUCUGGCGGAACGAACUGGGUUCCGUCUUUUACCUGAGUGAGGCCGAGGACUUGACGCUGAACGGCCAGUAUUUGACCGCGGUGGAGGCGGCGAGGGAGGAGGCUGGACCCGAGAGACAAGCCCAAGUGAUCGGCAUCCGGAACAACGGCAGAGAACCAACAUUCAGCAUGUCUACAGCGUGGGCCGGAGGUUCCAUUACAUCCUGGGUUGGCCAGUGCCUGUUGCUGGAGGGUGGGCAACAAGUUCUGAAGACUACAUGGCUGCUGAGAUCUCUGGCUACCAGCCUACAGGACGAUUGGAAAUCAACACGAAUUGGACAAGACACAUUCCGCCAAACCAAUGGGGCCAUCCUGAAAGGGAGCCACCGUUAAUCUGUCAAUCUUUAGUGCAACACACCGCACCAACACUGGACACAGUGUCAUUAUCAUUUCUGCAUGGUAUUCUCAAUAAAGUAAGAAAGCCUCA